CAACCUUAAGCCAACGCACAUUUAUAGAACAUUUCCAUGUGAUCCUGGGGAAGACAGACCGCAGGCGGAGGGCAGUGCUGAAAAGUCGGAACAUCAGAAAGAGAGGACCUUUCCCCUCUUCUCUGCUCUUCAUGCUAAAAGGAUACUGGUCGCCGCUGAUCAAAUCCGGAGGGACUGGGCACCUUGAAUCGUCAUGGGGAACGAGAACAGCACCUCGGGCAACCAGCAAGAGGACUCCGGCGUGAAUAACAUCAUCCUGUUGCCUCCAAACCCUGAACCUCUGCAGAGGACAUCAUCGGCUCGGAGGCCAGGAUCCGAGCCAUCACCUGGCAACAGUCGGAGCGUAGAAAGAGGGCCAGAGGAGAAGCCCAGAGGCACUGACCUUGGAGACUUGCCCAGCUUCGGGCACAGAGGUUCCUGCUCCACUUCUGAGGGUGCUGCCAGCGUGGAUCCCUGCAUCGUGUCCCCAGAGGUGACUGAGCCAAGGAGACACCCACAAGAAGCCAGGGGCCCACAAGUUUCUCCGCUGCCCAGUCCCCUGAAGCCCUGGGAGCAGGAGUGUCCCUCAGCCUCCAUGCCCUUUGCUGAGGGCCCCCCAGAAGGCCGCUUGGCAAGUCCAGCAGCAGCACCUGAAGCCUGGUCCCCUGUUCAACCCCCCUGGAGGGACCCUUCCCCAGGUGCCCAGGGAGAUGCUCCAGCAGCCUUUGUCCCCGAGGGGGACAGCUCUACUCAGCGCAGUGUGGUUGCAACUGUCCCCAACACCGGAAGAGAGAGAGACCUGAAGGAAGAAGAGAGGCAGAAAGUGUCUUCCUCCAGUCUCAUUGACCAGUUGCCAGAAAUUUCACCAGCAGCUCCCAGAGAGCCGAUGAAGGGACAGCUGUGUGAAGAGGAUGGCCAGCCUGGUGGGUUCGAGUCCCAAGGGAAAGAGGCUGUAGUUGGCUUCCCCCUCCCAGAGCCUGGGCAGGGAGCGCCUUCUGGACAAGGGGCCCCUAAGGCGCCUGCUGCAGCCCAGCCAGUACAAGAAAGCUCAGCUGGCCUGGAAGAGCCUCCCUCAAAACCCGAGACCCCGACCCCACAAGAUCCAGCCCCCAAAUGUCAAGUGGCAGUGCUGCCUCAGGAUUUCACCGAUGAUCCGGAUUCCCUUGGGGCCUGCCCUCCCAGUAGGAGCAAUUCAGAGGCUGCCCAAGAAGCCGAAGCGAAGGCCGCUUCCCAGGAAAACUGCCAGCAACAAAUGGGAGCUCAUCCGCCACCCACAGAGCUGCCCUGGGAUUCGCCGAGUCCUGCCCUGGUGCCGGGGGCCAAGGGCACCUGGGAGGAGAUGCUGGGUGCCCGAGAUGCUCAGGGUCACCGGCAGACAGGGAGGCCAGGAGCCGAGCCCAGUCAAGAUGUCUGUGCGGCAGCAGACGAGCAACCCGAGGGGGCUUCACUUGCGGGCACUGAGCCUUUCCCACACGCAGUGACCGAGGACACGGGUCCAGCUUCAGGCCUCACUUCACAGCCAGCUGCUCCGGCCUCUGUUGCUGCAGGACAACCCAGCUGGUUGAACAAGGACUUGGUUUCUGGGGCUGAGAUGCCUGGUCUUACAGAUCCAGCUAAAGAGCUGGCAGAAGCCGGGUUGGCAGUUCAGGAGAAGCUCGCAUCAGAUCUUGGAGGAGAGGGAGAGGGUCCAGGAAAGGGCCCCAGAGAGGUUCCAGCCCCUUCACCCCAGGAGGAGAGGGGGGAGAUCUUGAACAGGGAGCAGAACAACGAAGUCCAGCAAGGGAUUCUGCCCCCUCCCCCACGUGCAUCAGAUGAAAGUGUCAGAAAGUCGCUGGGGCCGAAGGAUGAAGUCAAGGCCCCUGGAAGUCCAGCUGUGCUUAAGGAAGAAAGCAGACUACCUGGCGCCGACCCUAGAGGACAGGAAGAAGCCCCGGAGCCACCUGAUGCUGCGGGUCCUGGGAACCUUCGGGAAGAGCAACCUGAGGCCCGCAGCUGCAAGCCUGACCCAGAGGCGGAAAGGGACCAGGUUUCCCAGCUAACUAGCGAUGUGGAGAGCACAGGCCUCCCCAGCACGGCCGCUGCACAGCCACUCAGAAAGGACAUCCCCGGGCAUGCGGACAGGCCCGGCGCUCCUUCAGAGGAGGCAGCUUGGAGCUCGGAGGCCUGUGGGAUGAUGGGAGAAGCCGGAGGGGUCCCUGAGUCUGACUCACUGCACCGGAUCUGUGAGCAGGACCCUGUCCCGCCCUCUGGACCGGAUGGAGCUGGUGAACACGUUCUUCCCGAGAGAGCUGUCUGGGAGGGGCCAGGACUGCAGACCGAAUGUCCUGACACCCUUCAGGACGUGGCGGGGUUGGGGAUAAUGGACUCUCUUCCUGCUUUAGAAUCUGACAAAUUGGAUUUCCUGUCAACUCCUGCUGCCGAGGUCAUCCCCAAAGCCCCGGAGGCGGAGAGCACAUCUGAAAUAAAGGCGAGGAGCCACCCAUCCGAGCAGAGGCCCGGCAGCUGUGAUGGGGAGAGCUUGCUGACAUCCCCCGAGCCCUGUGGGCUGGGGCGUGAUGCAGCUGCACAGGAAGUCCACGCUGAUGGGCUGCCUCCCCCUAAAGAGGGGAACUUGGCAGUGGACUGUGGGCUCACGACACUCAGCCUGGAGCAAGAUCAGCAGGGAAACCUGUGCUGCCCCGGGGACAGUGGGAAGCGAGGAGCUGAGUCAGAGAGGUCCUCACUGUAUUCUGAGAACUGUCCCCAGCCGUCCCAAAUGGACCCAGAAGCAUCCAUCUUUGAUAUGCUCCCAGAGCAGUCCCAACGGUGUGAGAAUGAGAAAGAGACUUUUCCAAGUGGUGCUGAUUUUAAGAACCUGAGUGCAGAUUCCACCCCAACCCACAUACCUGUGGAAUCUCCGGAGGAUGUGCCCCUGCCUGUUCAAGGAGGAAAGGAGCAGGCUUCUGGAUCAGAACUUCAAAGUGAGCUCUCCGAAGGCAGUCUGUCUGAUGCUCCAAGUUCAGCUCCUGGGGACGCAGUUCAGGAGAAUCCUACGACAGGGCAGUCAGAGUUGUCAGCACCAAUGAGCCCGGAGUUGCCUGCAUUGGGGGAGGAUGGGCAAAAGGGAGAUCACAGCGGCAGCCAGCCCUCUAGUGUCUCACUUCCUGCAGCAGACACCUUACAAGACCCUGCUCUUGAAGGUAGCCUGAGCAGAAAGGAAAGUUGCUACACUGGGCAGGGGCCAAACAAGUCCCAGCAGGAGCUGGUUGAUGGGCUGAAAGCCGGCAGCCCGCAGGAAGAAGCCCGUCUCAGGGCUGAAGAUGCUGAAGCAGCUGACGCUCAGCCCCCGCCCCAGGGCUCGGGCAGGACAGAGAAGGCAAGUGGGGACACAGUGAUGGCCCCACCUUGUUGGCCUGACUCAGUAGUUCCCCUGGAUGCAGCUCCAGCACCUGCUGGCUCCCCUGUCACUCCCAGCCAGGAUGCCCCUGAGAGAGAUACAUGUGAUGAAACCCAGGAAGGCAGACAGCAAUCAGGGUUGGCCCCACAGAAGGAAAUGGAGUGCCCCACUGUCUUGGAUGCAGAAACCCAAAAGCUUCCUUCAAACGUCCUAUCAGCUGAGGAUCAAGGUGCAGAAGGUGAGGCUGCUGAGACUGGUGGGAACACUGACGGAGGAGACCUGGGGAUGCAGUGGGCUCCGGGGGAGUCAGAAGAAGCUGUUCUAAGCAGUGGCUUCUUCCAGACAGAGCAGUGCCCCUCCUCUGGGGAGGAAGCUUCUACCUGUGCCCUGGGUGAGCCCUGCCAAGCUGAGCAGCCCUUGGUCAGCUGCCAGGAUGCCUUGCUGCCAGCCAGAGAGCUGGGUGGGAUUCCCAGGGGUGUCGUGGAUAUUCCUGCAGUCCAGGCUGUCCCCAACCCAGAGAGGCUCCUGCCAUCCGGGCCACCAGAAGAGGCUGCUCCUGACACUCCUUACCUGCAUAUUGAUGGCGCUGCCAGCACAGGUACAGAGGACAGUGGGGUGAAAGCCGCUUCAUCUCGAGGCCCCACAGCUCCCGGUGAAAGCCCCUGUCCUGUACGGGAGCCCUUGCUUGUCUUGGAAAACGCCUCCUCCAUGAAGGUGCCUGUGGGUUCCCUCGCCUCCCUUUCACAACCGGGAGCUGCAGAUGGAGAAAUCUCUGCAGCACAAGACCCCAGCGGAAGCCCCAAAGCUGGGACCUUUGAGGGACCUGUGGACUCUGUGCCCUACCUGGACAAGAUGCCACUUCUGGCCAUGGGUAAGCAGACCACAGCGGAGGAGAGAGCAUCAAGAGCUCCCGGUGCAAGUGCCAAGCCCAGUGAAAUUCCCGCACGUCCCACCAGGGAGGAGAGCAUGGCAGGUGAUAUAGCAAGGGAGGCAGAGAGUAACGGGGAGAAGAUGGUAGACCCUUCCGAGGACCCGAGGAGAGGAGCAGCAGUUGAUGUAGAUGCAAGCUCCAAGCAGACCAGCAUGGUCACUGGGUUCCCUGACUUCAGGGAGCACAUCACCAGGAUCUUUGAGAAGUCUGUCCUGGGAGCACUGACCGCCGAUCGGCUCCAGAGCACACUGGGAGAAAAGGCAGGAGCUGGGAGGAGUGUGACGGGCAAGGACCUUGCCAUGCCCAGCCCAGGGAAGCUUCCAGAUGGGAUUCAAGGCGUGGCCGUCGCCCCUCUUCCCAGCCCUCCUGCUGGACUCUGGGUAGACUCAAAGGACAAGAAGCAAGAGUUGGCCGUAGAGGCCGAGAUUUCCUGUCUGAUUCCCCAGGAUCCAGCUCCAGAAAAGCUGGCCGCAGAGCAAAACCUGCCAGGUGCCAGUGUGGGGAUGGAAACGAGUGGGGUCCCACAGAGGCUGACGGAAAGUGAGACAUCGGAGGGGGCUGGGGAAGGCAGGCCCGGGGCUGGAGGCCAGGCCCCUGCACAGCAGGGAAGCUGCCGGCAGGAAUCAGCUUCCGGUCUGCCUUCACAGGCGACUUCUCCAGAGGUUCCUGUUGCUGACUUGCAGGUGGCUCCCCAGAGCCGUGGAGAAGGGGACUCAGUUCAGGACGACAGAAUUCCUUCUGGAAAACAGCACCAAGACACAUCCAGCAGCGGUAGCCAACCCAGAGAAGAUGGUGCCUGGGGCUUUUCUCCCAUGCCAGUGUCCACCUCUGCCCUGGGAGCAUCUUCUGUCCCCGGGGACGUUCCUACCGGGACCGGGGCCAUCAGUGAGCCUUGCACCCCAGACACACUUAGAGGUGAGAGAAGGCAUGGAGGUGCGACUGGGAUCUCAGAAACACAAAAUGCCCUGGGCAACCAGAGCGCCCUGGAGCCACCAGCUGGGGAAGUGGCAGACACUCGCCCGGAGCCUGGCUGGGUAGCAGGAGCUGCUAGGGAUGCAGAGGGUGACGUCACUUUGAGCACAGCUGAGACCAGGGCACGUGCGUCUGACGACCUGCCUGAAACAGGUACUACAAGAAUGUUCUCCAGUGCCACCUGUGCCUCGGUGCUGCCAGGAAGCCUUGGGGACGCAGGCUGCCCUGAAGGGGAUCUGAGGAUGGAUGCUGCAGCCGUCCUGAGCAGGGACAGCCCGGCCGGGUACCUGCAGGCCGAAGAGCAGCCCGAGCCUGAGCUCCCCGCUCCCUCUGGGGACAAGAAAUUGGGUGUCUCCUCACCUCCAGAACCUGACGAAGCUGGGGACCCAAAGAUGCAAAGCCUGGUUCCAGAAGUGCUCAACACUGAGAGAAAGAGCCCUGGGUCUGGCCCAUCUACCUUACCUUUAGUUCCUGAGAAGGAUGCUCCAAAUAUCACGGGCGAGGUCAUUUCAGAUGAGACUAGAAGUGCGGCAGGAACAGAAAGUUCACCUGAAGCCGAUGACAUCAUCCAGCCAGCUGCCCUAGAAGGACUGGAAAACCCACUCUUAGCUGCCUCCUCCCAGCAUGGUGAUGUCAGUGGCCAGGUCUCCUGGAAUCUGACUGCCCAGAGCACGUCUUCAGCUGCUGGCCAUGUGGAUCUCACUCCCCCGGCCUCGGAACAUGCAUCUUGGCCUUCCGCCCCAGCUGGUGAUGGAGUAGAAGCUUCCACUCCCUCCUGCCAAGGUCUGGCCAAGGAUGUGAGCAGGAGUUCUGACUCUGAAGAAGCAUUUGAGACUCCGGAGUCAACGACCCCUGUCAAAGCUCCACCAGCCCCACCCCCGCCACCCCCCGAAGUCAUUCCAGAACCUGAGGUCAGCGCACAGCCUCCCCCGGAAGAACCAGGAUGCGGUUCUGAGACAGUCUGCGUCCCCGAUGGCCCCCGUAGCAGCUCUGUGGAAGGAAGUCCUUUCCGUCCUCCGUCACACUCCCUCUCCGCCGUCUUCGAUGAAGACAAGCCGAUAGCCAGCAGCGGGACUUACAACUUGGACUUUGACAACAUCGAGCUGGUGGAUAACUUUCAGACCUUGGAGCCGCGCUGCUCAGACUCUAAGAACCAGGACUGCAAGGUGAACUCGCGGAGGAAGUCCACGGACUCUGUCCCCAUCUCGAAGUCCACGUUAUCCCGGUCGCUCAGCCUGCAAGCCAGUGACUUUGAUGGUGCUUCUUGCUCAGGCAACACCGAGGCCACGGCCCCGGCCCCAGAGGCGUACAGCACGGGUUCGAGCAGUGCGUCCAGCACCCUUAAGCGAACUAAGAAACCGAGGCCACCUUCCUUAAAAAAGAAACAGACCACUAAGAAACCCCCAGAAACCCCCCCAGUGAAAGAGACACCGCAGGAGCCAGCCGACGAGAGUCCUGUCCCCGGUGAGGAGCAUCGAAUACCAGAGACAAAAGUGGAAUCAGCCAAGACGGAAGGUUCCGGACCAGCCUUAUUGGAGGAGGCGCCCUUCGAACCUGCUGCUCUGCCCAAGGCUGCCUGCCCUCUGGACUCAGAGGGUGCAGAAGGGGCCGUCCCCCCAGCUCCUGGGGGUGGCAGAGUGCAGAACUCACCCCCCGUUGGAAGGAAGAUACUGCCUCCUGCCACGGUCCCGGAGGCAGUGGAGGGGACCCCGUCAGAUAGCGGGGGGCAGGAGGACUCCCCAGCCAAAGGCCUCUCAGUGAGGCUAGAGUUUGACUAUUCUGAGGACAAGGGUAGUUGGGACACCCAGCAGGAAAACACCCCUCCCACCAAAAAGAUAGGCAAAAAGCCGGUUGCCAAAAUGCCCCUACGGAGGCCAAAGAUGAAAAAAACACCCGAAAAACUCGACAACGCUCCUGCCUCGCCUACCAGCUCCCCCGCUGAACCCAAUGACAUCCCUAUUGCUAAAGGUACCUACACCUUUGAUAUUGACAAGUGGGAUGACCCCAAUUUUAACCCUUUUUCUUCCACCUCAAAAAUGCAGGAGUCUCCCAAACUGCCCCAACAAUCAUACAACUUUGACCCAGACGCCUGUGAUGAGUCCACUGACCCCUUUAAGACGUGCUCUAAGACCCCCAGCUCACCUUCUAAAUCCCCAGCCUCCUUUGAGAUCCCAGCCAGUGCCAUCGAAGCCAAUGGAGUGGACGGGGAUGGGCUGAACAAGCCCGCCAAGAAGAAGAAGACGCCCCUCAAGACUGACACAUUUAGGGUGAAAAAGUCGCCAAAGCGGUCUCCUCUCUCUGACCCACCUUCUCAGGACCCCACCCCCGCGGCUACCCCGGAAACGCCACCGGUGAUCUCUGCGGUGGUCCACGCAACCGAUGAGGAGAAGCUGGCGGUCACCAGCCAGAAGUGGACGUGCAUGACGGUGGAUCUGGAGGCUGACAAACAGGACUACCCACAGCCCUCAGACCUGUCCACCUUCGUAAACGAGACCAAAUUCAAUUCACCCACGGAGGAGUUGGAUUACAGAAACUCCUAUGAAAUCGAAUAUAUGGAGAAAAUUGGUUCCUCCUUACCUCAGGACGACGACGCCCCCAAGAAGCAGGCUUUGUACCUUAUGUUCGACACUUCUCAGGAGAGCCCAGUCAAGUCUCCGCCCGUCCGGAUGUCAGAGUCCCCAACACCGUGUUCAGGGUCAAGUUUCGAGGAGACUGAAGCCCUCGUGAAUGCCGGGGCCAAGAUCCAGCACCCCGUUGCACGAGGGCUGGCCCCCAACCAGGAGCCACACUUGCAGGUGCCAGAGAAACCAUCCCAGAAAGAGCUGGAGGCCAUGGCCUUGGGCACCGCGUCAGAAGUGAUUGAAAUUACAGCUCCUGAGGGCUCCUUGGCCUCGGCUGACGCCCUCCUCAGCAGGCUGGCUCAUCCAGCCUCUCUCUGUGGUGCGCUUGACUAUCUGGAACCCGACUUAGCAGAAAAGAACCCCCCAGUAUUUGCCCAGAAACUUCAGGAGGAGCUAGAGUUUGCCAUCAUGCGGAUAGAAGCCCUGAAGCUGGCCAGGCAGAUUACCCUGGCUUCCCGUAGCCACCAGGACACCAAGAGAGAAGCUGCUCACCCAACAGAUGUCUCCAUCUCCAAAACAGCCUUGUACUCCCGCAUCGGGACCGCCGAGGUGGAGAAGCCCGCAGGCCUUCUGUUCCAGCAGCCUGACCUGGACUCUGCGCUCCAGAUCACCAGGGCGGAGAUCUUAACGAAGGAGAGAGAGGUCUCAGAGUGGAAAGAGAAAUAUGAAGAAAGCAGGCGGGAAGUGAUGGAAAUGAGGAAAAUAGUGGCCGAGUAUGAGAAGACCAUCGCUCAGAUGAUAGAGGACGAACAGAGGGAGAAGUCAGUCUCCCACCAAACGGUCCAGCAGCUGGUCCUGGAGAAGGAACAAGCCCUGGCCGACCUGAACUCAGUGGAGAAAUCUCUGGCUGAUCUCUUCAGGAGAUACGAGAAGAUGAAAGAGGUCCUGGAGGGCUUCCGCAAGAAUGAAGAGGUGCUGAAGAAGUGUGCACAGGAGUACCUGUCCCGGGUAAAGAAGGAGGAGCAGAGGUACCAGGCACUGAAGGUGCAUGCGGAGGAGAAGCUGGACAGGGCCAACGCCGAGAUCGCCCAGGUCCGGGGCAAGGCCCAGCAGGAGCAGGCUGCCUACCAGGCCAGCCUGCGGAAGGAGCAGCUGCGCGUGGAUGCUCUGGAAAGGACCCUGGAACAGAAGAAUAAAGAGAUAGAAGAACUCACCAAGAUUUGUGAUGAACUGAUUGCCAAAAUGGGGAAAAGCUAACUUUGAACCAAAUGUUUGGACUUGAGCGUUGCGUGCAAUAUGGCCGUCGGCACACUGCUGUCCCUCCGGUUGUGUGGGCAGGUUCUGUUUUCACUUUUUCGUAUGCACUACUGUAUUUCCUUUCUAAAUAAAGUUGAUUUGAUUGUAUGCAGUACUAAGGAGACUAUCAGAAUUUCUUGCUAUUGGUUUGCAUUUUCCUAGUAUAAUUCAUAGCAAGUUGACCUCAGAGUUCCUGUAUCAGGGAGAUUGUCUGGUUCUCUAACAAAAGAAAUCGCUGACCUUGGCCUUGCCCUUUGUACAUGACUUUCCAGGGUGAGCGGCUUUUGGAUUUAAUAUGAUCAUGUACAGCUUGCAAAGGGACUCUUGCCUUAAGGAGUGUAAACUUGAUCUGCAUUUGCUGAUUUGUUUUAAAAAAAAAGAAAAGAAAAGAAAAUGCAUGUUUCAAAUAAAAUUCUCUAUUGUAAAUAAAUUUUUUUCUUUGGAUCUUGGCAA